GCGACACUACAAAGCCCAGAGGGACAGGGAGAUAGGAGGGACAUCCAACAAAGGAUGGAGGAGGAGAGGAAGAAUGAGGGAGCACAGACCAUCCACCCCACCAAUGGAGAAGCCACAGAGAGAGAGCACAAGCUUGUCAAUGGCAGCGCCAAAGAAAUGGAGGUGGAGGAAAAAGCUGUCACAAGUGAAGAGACCAUCAACUACAGAGGAUGGAAGGCCAUGCCCUUCAUUAUAGGAAAUGAGACUUUUGAGAAGCUGGGAGCUAUUGGUACCUUGGCCAACCUCUUGAUCUACCUCACCACUGUGUUCAACCUGAAGAACAUCACAGCCGCAAACAUCAUCAACAUCUUUAAUGGCACCACCAAUUUCUCCACCUUGGUCGGUGCUUUCCUGUGUGACACGUACUUCGGCCGCUUUAAGACCCUUGGGUUCUGUACAGUCGCUUCUUUUCUGGGCUUGCUAGCGAUACAACUUACAGCAGCAAUCAAGAAUCUGCAUCCGCCAGACUGUGGAGACAACACCACAUGCGUCGGACCAACAGCAGGCCAGAUGGCCUUCCUAAUUGCUGCGUUCGGGCUGCUGAUUUCUGGGGCAGCUGGCGUCCGCCCCUGCAAUUUAGCAUUUGGAGCUGACCAAUUCAAUCCCGGGACCGUAUCAGGAAAGAGAGGGAUCAACAGCUUCUUCAAUUGGUACUUCUUCACCUUCACUUUCGCGCAGAUGGUCUCACUGACGCUGAUCGUGUACGUGCAAUCGAACGUGAGCUGGGCAAUCGGGUUAUUGAUCCCGGCAAUUCUGAUGCUCAUAUCAUGUGCAGUCUUCUUCAUGGGUUCGAAGAUAUAUGUGAAAGUAAAAGCUCAAGGUAGUCCUUUAACAAGUGUCGCACAGGUCAUCGUCGUGGCCAUAAAGAAAUGCCGACUUCCAACGCCCGAGCAACCCUCGCUGUCUCUUCAUAAUUAUACUCCUCCAAAAACUAUCAACUCCAAGCUUCCUUACACAGAUCAAUUCAGGUGCCUCGACAAAGCAGCAAUAGUGACAGCUGAAGACAACAAAAGGCCGGAUGGAUCAUCGGCCGAUCCAUGGAGACUCUGCAGCUUGCAGCAAGUGGAGGAAGUGAAAUGUAUUAUAAGAGUGAUGCCAAUUUGGGUAGCGGGUGUGUUCUAUUACCUUGUCAUCGUCCAACAACAAACCUAUGCAGUCUUCCAGGCCACUCAAAUGGACAGACGCCUCGGGAACACCAGCUUCAAUAUCCCAGCCGCAUCGUACGUUGUCUUCCUGAUGUUGAGCCUCACAAUCUUCAUACCCAUCUACGACCGAUUGAUCGUCCCAUUCCUCCGGAGGCUUACGGGGAAAGAAGGCGGCAUCACACUCCUCCAGAGAAUGGGCAUCGGCUUGUUUUUUGGUGUGCUAACCAUGCUGGUGUCCGCCAUAGUGGAAGAGCGCCGGAGAUCAAUAGCUCUGACGAAGCCCACUCUUGGGGACGUUCCCAGACGAGGCGCGAUUUCAUCAAUGUCAGCCUUGUGGUUAAUCCCUCAGUUCGUACUUGCAGGCCUCACCGAAGCAUGCGCAUCGAUCAGCCUUGUCGAAUUAUAUUACAAGCAGUUCCCUGAGAACAUGAGGAGCAUUGCAGGUUCUCUGUACUAUUGUGGCAUGGCAGGCUCGAGUUACUUGAGCAGUCUACUCAUAUCGAUUGUUCACAAGAACACGAAAGGAGCGGAAGGCGGGAACUGGUUGCCAGAGGAUCUGAAUAAGGGAAGAUUGGACUAUUUCUAUUACCUGAUUGCUGUGUUGGAGUUUCUGAACUUGGUGUACUUUCUAGUAUGUUCAAGGUGGUACAAGUAUAAAGGAACAGAUGUUGUUAGCCGUGAAGCGGACAUAGAAAUGAAGUAACAUGAGCAGACUCUUGUUUGAAUGGUAGUCUGAGAGAAUCACAUCACCACAUUCAUCUCAUUGAAAAAUGGGCCUCAUACGGAAUUUUGUAGCGAUUUGAUCUGAGAUAGCCCUAGCUAUAGAAUGUCAGUUAUGGUUGACACAACCAUUAUGAAUUUGAAUUGUUUACAGAAUAAUUUAGCAGAAACCAAAAAGAAUUUCACCCAUUAAGCUCAUUUUGUAUCAGAUUAGGCCAGAUGCUCAGAUAGCAUCAAUGAACAUUGUUGGAAGUUUGCCACACAUGUAGGUGUAAGUGGGCUAUAUUAAUUGACUGCUGAUAGAAAUAUAUAGGCCCUAUUUUGUGUUUAGAGUG